AUGAAUUAUAUCGGUAGAAAAUCUUUUGAUAUGUUUCGAUGGAGGUUGAGAACAAAAGCGAUAUUUCUUUAUCUGGGAUCUCUGUGUGUUAUUCUUGUCUUCCUUGGACUUUUUACACUCAAUGGAGAUUUUCUACGGGAUAAAAAAGCCGAAGAGUUGGAAAGGCGAAAUGUUUUAAUGGGUAGAGCGGCUAGAGAUAGAAUUGAUGGAAAUGAUAGAUUUAGAUUUGCUCCAAUUAAAAUACCAGAUCUAAGUAUAAAGAUACCUUAUAAACCAAAUAAAGAGAAAAAGUUGGAAAAGGAUGCAACAACGAUUGAUGUUUCUAAAUAUAAAAAGAAAGGGAUAUGGAGGAUACCACCAGUAUCAUUAUUAUCCAGUAUAAGCUGGGCUGAUUUAUCUAGUAUUUAUCAUGAAUAUUUAGAACAUGUACAAUAUGAGUGUAAAGAUAGACUGAGAAUGGGUAAAAUAACUGAUGGUGGAUGGGAUGUUUGUGCAGAUGAACCUUACAGACCAACUAAAGAUGGUUUCGUUUAUUCUUUUGGAAUUAAUAAUGAUUUUAGUUUUGAUGAUGCUAUUUCUAAAAAAUAUAAAAUUCCAGUAUUUUCCUUUGAUCCCAGUACCAAAUCAAAAGCUCAUCGUAGAAGUGAUUUAGUUCAUUUUCAGCCAAUUGGUAUAGGAGAAACUAUGGUGGUCUCAGAAAGUGGAUGGAGACUGUCACCUUUGAGUUAUAUUUUAAAUGAUCAGGGCCAUAAAAAAGAAGAACUACAAGUGUUAAAAAUGGAUAUAGAAGAAUGGGAAUGGAAAGUUUUACCUCAGUUAAUUCAAACUAAUUCAUUAUCUGAUAUAAAACAGCUGUUAGUAGAACUUCAUGCUUGUGAAGGUUGUUCAUCAUAUAAUCCUGAUCAAUAUAAUAAUGAACCAAGUAAACAUCGAUAUAUCUUAGCUUUAAAAAUAUUCCAUGAUUUAUAUGAAUUGGGCUUUCGAAUAUUUUGGACUCAUAAAAAUACAGCAUGUUUAUACAGAUCAAAAUUCACAGACAAAGAACUUAGUGCUUGUCAUGAAGUACAUUUUGUUAAAGUUUUAUAA